GCGGUCCCAUGCCGUCGUUACCGUAUCCGCAAACAAACGGUGCGCGAUGAUUCGAAUCGUACGGAUGGCGGUCGUACACGAGUUGACGUUUUGAUCGACAAAAAGGGGGCGAAAAAUACCCGAUAAUUUAUUAUCGAUUUGAAAAAUUUUAUUGCAACUUGUUUGUUACCCUAGUAAAUUAAUUUUAACAAUUCCCGCGGAUAACAGACAGCGGCGACGGCGGUUCACGUGAGGCACCGGAUGGAGAAAAAAUCACAUUAGAAAUAUGGACUUGGAAGAACUUUACCACAAAUAUCGCAUUCGCCUGAAACAGUCUUUGUUUACAACAUUCAUAGCUGUUGGAUUCGCCGUUUGCACAAUCGCUCUGACAUUACUAUUAUGUUUUUAUACCAGAGCUACCGGAGCCGAAGUAUCCCUGGCUUGCGUUUCAGUCGCUUGGCUGUCGUUUGCCAGCACUUUUGGCAUGACACAAUCGCUGCCGGCUGUACUCAACUCUAGGCCGGCCACCGCCAUCAUGUCCGUGGUCACCGUGUUCGUGGCCGCCGUGGCCACGCUUAUGGGAUGUGGGGCGCAUGCGCUUUACAUGCUAGUGCCUUUGUUGGUGGCCACACACUCGAUGGUACCCUUUCACGUGGCCAUGGCGUGCUCAGCUACCGUUUUAAUAAUCUUGGCACGCGCGUUGUUGUUGCUGACGAGAAACGAAUGGUCGCCCUCCAGCCAAUUUGCUAAACAAAUAAUUACCGAAACUAUGCUGAUGGUAUCAGCAAGCUGUACUGGCUGGUAUUACCAGUUCAUGACGCACAAAGCCAAUAGGAUAAUGUUUUCCGGUACUAGGACGUGCAUCGAAUCCAGGAUCAAGCUGGAGUGUGAAAAAGAACAACAGGAACAGCUAUUGCUCAGCGUCAUACCGGCUUACAUCGCCGCCGAGGUAAAAAGAAGUAUAAUGCUGAAAAUGGCUGAUGCGUGUCAGGAUGAUGUGACCAAUAAGCAGACAAGAUUUCACGAAAUGUACGUGCAACGGCACAACAACGUUAGUAUUUUGUAUGCAGACAUAGUAAAUUUUACUCCAUUGUCGGAACAACUGUCUGCGUCGGAUCUCGUCAAGACUCUCAAUGAACUGUUUGGCCGCUUUGAUCAAAUAGCCCAGGACAACCAGUGCAUGCGGAUAAAAAUUCUUGGCGAUUGUUAUUACUGUGUUUCCGGCCUGCCCGUGUCCAGACCGAAUCACGCUUACAACUGUGUCAACAUGGGCUUGCAGAUGAUCGAAGCCAUCAGGUUUGUCAGAGAAGCUGCUGGUUUCAAUGUAGACAUGCGGAUUGGCAUACACACAGGCAACGUGCUGUGUGGUGUGCUAGGACUUAGGAAGUGGCAGUUCGACGUAUGGAGCGACGACGUGACACUAGCCAAUCACAUGGAAUCCGGCGGCGUACCCGGCCGCGUGCAUAUAACUCGGGCCACCAUGGAACAGCUAAACGGCAGAUUCGCCGUGGAACCCGGCAACGGCGGCUCCAGGGAAGGUUACUUGGCGGACCACAAAGUCGAAACUUUCCUCAUCAUACACCCGUCUGAACAAAACGGGAACGGAAACUCGUUACAAUCCAGAGGAGGCCAACAGACGGAAAAUGGCGGACCCGUUCAGGACGAUGGAUUGAACAGAAACAGAUCACCGAGCAAAAUGACCAAAUACAUCGAGUGCUGGGGAGCAGACAAACCGUUCGCUAACAUAACCGAAAGCACUAUGGCCAAAAAUAUCGGACUUACGAGUUUAGCUAUGAUCGAGUCGAAUUUACUACCGUCCAAAAGCGCGUGCUUAGAUUGCAAAAAAUGGUACAACAUGGAAGAUUUCAAUCCGGUUUGCUUGUGGUUCAAAAACGGUGUUCAAGAAUCGCAAUACAGAAACCAGGCCGACCCGUUUUACAAGUACUAUAGUUCGGUGGCCCUAAUACUAUUCAUUUGCAUGGUUCUUGUUCAGCAACUUUUGAUUCCCAAGCUUUCAUAUCUUUUAAACGCAUUUGCUCGUCUUUUGUUUGUGUGUGUCAGGACUUUAACAAUGUGGGGAGCUCAAGGGGCUUCGCUCGUGGCACUGAGUGUAUUCGCCUACGUCAGUUGGAUACCGGACGACGACUGUGUGUCCCAAGAAAACGUGUCUGUAGGCUCUUCCAGAUGGCUUCGGAUGUCCAUAUUCUUGCUUAGCUCCGCUCUGGUGGGAAUCUGCGCUAUAAUCACCUUGUUAGAUACGGAUUACAAGUACGUUGGUCGUGCCGGCUACGUGAACGAGACCAUCGAUUUCACGUCGAACGCGACUAAUUUAUUAAACUUGUCCGAAAACCCACAAGUCGACUCGUCAUCUAUUGUUUCGGCGUUCCUGUACAGUACAAUCCUGGCGCUAACGUUAAUGUCCGCCUUUCUCCGGAUCGGCAUCACCCUAAAACUUUUCAUCAUGGUCGUGUGCUCUACCCUGCACCUAUCCGUGUACCAGACUUUGCCGUUGUUUCAGUAUCAUUUUAAAGAAUUCAACGAGUACGAAAUGCCUUGGCAGUUGAAAAUAUGGGCUCCCAUAGCACUCUUGGUGGUCAUAUUUCACAUGUUGGACAGAAAAAACGAACUGUCUGCCCGGACGGACUUUCUGUGGCGGGCAAAAUUGAAAGUGGAACAAGAAGAAGUGGAAACAAUGCGUGGCAUCAACAAGAUACUAUUGGAAAACAUUUUGCCGGCCCACGUUGCCGAGCAUUUCCUCCGGGAACAAGUGCUGCAAGAUCUGUACCACGAGAGGUAUAGUUGUAUUGCGGUCAUGUUCGCGUCCAUACCCAAUUACAAAGAGUUUUACGACGAAAACGACGUCAACAAACAAGGCCUCGAGUGCCUGCGGCUGCUGAACGAAAUCAUAUGCGAUUUUGACAAACUCUUGUUAAAACCCAAAUUUAGUUCAAUUGAAAAAAUCAAGACCAUCGGAAGCACGUACAUGCUAGCAUCCGGCCUAAGGCCCGGCAAAGAAGACAGCAAAUCAAAGGCAACUGACAGACAGCAAGAGCAUAACGUUGUCAUCCUGGUGGAGUUUGCUAUAGCGUUGAUGACGAUUUUGGAACAAAUAAACCGCGAAUCCUUUCAGAGGUUCAAACUAAGAAUAGGCUUAAACCACGGGCCUGUCAUCGCCGGCGUGGUCGGAGCGCAAAAACCUCAAUAUGACAUUUGGGGCAACACUGUGAACGUGGCCUCAAGAAUGGACAGUUGUGGGACCAUGGGCAGAAUACAGGUGACCGAAGACACAGCAAAAAUCCUGAUGGCGGCCGGUUAUGACUGCGAAUGUAGAGGUCCUACGUUCGUCAAAGGAAAAGGCACAUUGACCACAUACUUUGUGAAUACUCAAUACGACACAAAAGCAAAAUAGAUGUUUUCGGCUUACCUGCUUUGGCGUUUUGAACAAUGCAUGCAUCGUUUUAUCAACGAAACCCCCUGGACCGCCCUUCUAGUUUACCAGCGCCGAAAUUUCAGUCUCAUUUAGACAAGAACAUCUACAAACAUGUGCAUAAUAUGGAAUGUAUACUUGUGUAUUAAGUUGUAAUUAAAGUACAUUGUUUUCGAAUAAAAUAACCGGCGUGUAUUCGCCUCGAGACUAUUUACAUAUGUAACCAGUAAUAUACUAUUUAUUAUCAUUUAUUAUCAGAAUUCGAAAGCAUGCAACACAUGAUCGUCAUAUAGCGUAAACAAUUACUAACACUAAACUAACAUUAAAAGUUAAGAUUUGUCAUCGUCUUGUUGAUGAAGACUC